AUGCUCCUACUUCUUUCACUCUCCUUAUACUUCUUCUUUCUUUAUAUCUCUUUCUUCUUUCUCUCCCCUAAACCUUCUUUCUCUAUAUCACUUUCUCUCUCUCUCCUCCUACUCCUCCUUUCUUUGUAUCUCUUUAUUUCUCUCUCUCUCUUUACUCCUCCUUUCUUUGUAUUUCUAUAUUUCUCUCUCUCUCCUUACUCCUUCUUUCACUAUAACUCUUUCUUUCUCUCUCUAUGUCUACUCCUUUCUUUUCUUUCCUUUCUUCUUUCAUUCAUUCUUUCCUUAAUUCUUUUCUUUUUUGCCUUCCUUCAUUCAUUCAUUCCUUCUUCCUUUCUCUCCUUUCUUCCUUCUUUUAUUCCUUCCACUCUCUUGUCAGCCCUGCCUUUCUUCUUUCUUCGUAUCUUCCUUAAUUCUUUCUCCAUGCCUUCCUUCUUUCCUCCUUGCCUUCUGUCUUUCUUUAUGUCCUCCCUUCCUCUCUACCGUCAUGCUUUCCUUCUGCCUUUUUUUCCAUUCCUUCUGUCUGUUUUCUUUUCCUUUCUUUAUUCCUUUAUUCCUUCCUUCUUUCAUUCUUUCGUUCCUUCAUUCAUUCGUUCCUUCCAUCUUUCUUCAUUCCUUUAUUCCUUCCUUCAUUCAUUCUUUCGUUCCUUCCUUCAUUCGUUCCUUCCAUCUUUCUUCAUUCCUUUAUCCCUUUCUUCCUUCAUUCUUUCGUUCCUUUAUUCUUUAUGUCCUCCCUUCCUUUCUACCGUCAUGCUUUCCUUCUGUCUGUUUUCCUUCUGUCUGUUUUCCUUCUGUCUUUUUUCUUUUCCUUUCUUCGUUCCUUUAUUCGUUCCUUCGUUCCUUUAUUCCUUCCUUCAUUCAUUCUUUCGUUCCUUCCUUCAUUCGUUCCUUCCAUCUUUCUCUCUUUUCUUUCUUUUUCCUUCUUUUUCUUUAUUUCCUUCAUUCCUUUUUUCUUUCUCUCCUUUCUUCCUUCUUUUAUUCCUUCCACUCUCUUGUCAGCCCUGCCUUUCUUCUUUCUUCGUAUCUUCCUUAAUUCUUUCUCCAUGCCUUCCUUCUUUCUUCCUUGCCUUCUGUCUUUCUUUAUCUCCUCCCUUCCUCUCUACCGUCAUGCUUUCCUUCUGCCUUUUUUUCCUUUCCUUCCUUCAUUCCUUCCUUUCAUCUUUCUUUCUUCUUCCUUCUUUUCCUUAUUUGCUUCAUUCAUUCAUUCAUUCUUUCUUUCUUCCUGUCUUUCUUUCCUUCUUUUCUAGAUGCCUUCCUUCUUCUCUUCUUUCCUUUUUUAUUCAUAGACCAUAA